AGUCUAUAGAGAAAUUACAUAUCAAUCAAAAAGAAAAAAAAAGUGAAUAUUAUUCUACAAAGUUAUAACAAUUUUAUUAAAAUGGUUGUGCCAAUUGUAGGUGAGCAUGAGACUGAAAUUCUUCAUGCUCAAACUCACAUAUGGAACCAUAUUUUUAGUUUCAUAAAUUCCAUGUCACUCAAAUCAGCUAUUCAAUUAAACAUCCCAGACAUAAUUCACAAACAUGGCAAACCCAUGACACUUGAUGAAUUAGCUAAUGCCCUAUCAAUCAACAAGUCCAAGAUCACUCACCUUCGACGUCUCAUGCGAAUUUUAAUCCACUCAGGAUUUUUCCUCAAGUUCGCGAUGAUCCCUUUAGAAGAGGGAUCAUCAGGAUCAGGAGAAGGGGAGGGCUAUGUCCUGGCCCCUCCAGCUCGUCUUUUAUUGAAAGACGAGCCAUUAACAGUUACACCUUUUUUACUAGCAAUGUUGGAUCCAAUUUUGGUUAAGCCAUGGCAUCAUGUAAAUGAGUGGUUUAGUAGUGAUGAACCAACACCUUUUGAGGUUGCACAUGGGAGAACAUUUUGGGAUUAUGCUGGACAUGAACAAAGGUUAAAUCAUUUUUUUAAUGAUGCAAUGGCUAGUGAUGCUAAGUUGGUUAUGAGUGUUGUAAUGAAAUAUUCUAAAGAUGUUUUUGAGGGAUUAAAUUCUAUUGUUGAUGUUGGUGGUGGUACUGGGACUGUGGCUAAAACUAUUGCUAAAAAAUUUCCUAAUUUGCAAUGUACUGUGUUUGAUUUGCCUCAUGUGGUUGAAGGACUUGAAGGAAGUGACAACUUGUCAUAUGUUGGUGGAGAUUUCUUUGUGUCCGUUCCUCCUGCUGAUGCUCUUCUACUCAAGGUAAUCUGACUACUUUUUUUCCGAU